AUGGCGACGCCAUCGCCGCCAAAGCCGUGGGAAAGAGGACGCACUGCCUCAUCAUCGGCCUUGACUUCGUCGGCCGCCAUACCCACAUCAACCACGGCCGCGACCCCAUCAUCAUCAUCAAAUACUGCUGCUACUACAGCGGCGACACCUGCACUUCCAUCGCGACCUGAGUCGCUCAACUCUGUUGUUGACCGCACCGCCUCCAAUUUCUCGAGCGCUCAACCUUAUCAAUCCUCACCUUACGGCUACGGUGGUGGCGCCAUGACUUCGCCCUACUCACGCUUCGGUACCGGCUAUGGUGGAGGCAUGUACGGAGGCGGCAUGUAUGGAGGAGGCGGCAUGUACGGCGGAAGUCCCUACGGUGGUAUGGGUGGCAUGUACGGUGGUGGCUACGGUGGCAUGGGCGGUCCUAUGGGUCCCAAUGGCCAGAGCCUGACCCAGUCUUUCAGCCAGAGUACACAAGCCACCUUCCAGCUCAUCGAGAGCAUCGUCGGUGCCUUCGGUGGUUUUGCCCAGAUGCUUGAGAGUACCUACAUGGCCACCCACUCGAGUUUCUUUGCCAUGGUUUCUGUUGCCGAACAAUUUGGCAAUCUACGGCAAACGCUGGGCCAGGUCCUAGGUAUUUUCACCAUCAUCCGAUGGAUCCGCACAGCCAUUGCCAAAUUGACUGGACGCCCACUCCCUGCAAGCAGUACUGAGCUCACUCCUGCCAACUUCGCAAGCUUCAAUGGCCGCCUGCCUGACGGUUCUCCCGCACCUCCCCGUGCCAGCAAGAAGCCCUUCGUCAUGUUCAUCCUCGCAGUCUUCGGUCUGCCAUACCUCAUGGGCAAGCUCAUCCGCGCCCUCGCCCGCAGCCAAGAGGAAGAAGAACAACGUCGCCUUCAAGCCGAAGGCCCCCAACAACCUCUCGACCCCUCAAAACUCGAUUUCUGCCGUGUCCUCUACGACUUCAACCCUGAAGCAAACGCAAACGCCGUCCAAGGCGUCGAUCUCGCCGUUUCCAAGGGCGACCUUGUCGCUGUCCUCAGCAAGACAGACCCCCUCGGCAACCCCUCAGAAUGGUGGCAAUGCCGUGCCCGCGAUGGCCGUAAGGGAUACCUCCCUGCCCCUUACCUUGAGACCAUCCAGCGCCGCCCUCAAGGCCAGAUUACCAGCGGGACCAGCCCUGCUGGCAGCCGUGCCCAAACAAUGACCACAACUAGCGCCGACAGCCGCACAAACACUAUGGUCGACAGAGAAAAAGACCUCGUCAAGGCUGCUCCUAGAGAUGUACCUCCCAAUGUCCAAGGCAAGGCUGGCGACCUCAGCGUCGAGAGUUUCCAGAAGGGUCAAUUCUACUCAUGA